AUGAUCUUUCAGUCCUUCUCUGCCGCAUUCCAAUCGGGUGACCUUGCUCCUGUUUUGGCUCAGUUCAAGCUGGGUGCCAAAGCAGAUGAAGCCGCUCGUCAUGGAGAUUUAGUCGCGUUCUCUCACGCCUUGCAAGCGAAUGCGGGAUCCAGUUCCUCAAAAUCAGAUGUCGCGACCAAGAAGGAUGAGAACAAAAGCAAAAAACCCAAUGAUGAUUCCUCGCCGGACAAAAAGGACGGUGCUGGGACAGCAAUGGAAACGGAUUAA